AUGCUCGAGGACGAGUCACUGCAACCUCCCCCUCCUACUGCGCUUGUUUCGCAGCGUCCAUCCGCCUUAUCCCAAGAGCUGGACGACAUCAACCGCCACUUCGACUCUGAACCCCGUUUGGCUACACCCGCCGCGUCCUCGAGCCGCGGUCCGCACGCGAGCAGCCAACCUGGUUUCCAUCAAGAGUCAGAAUCUGACGAGUCGCACGAAAUCCUCUUCAGCGACCCAAAGGGACUCACCCGCCACCCUUCCCACGCGCAGACACGCCCAGUGGACGAAGGCCUCCGCGUGGCUGGUGGUGAAGUGUUGGCCGUGGAGGAAGGACGAGUGCAGCAGCUGUCCAAGGCGCCAGAAGAGUCGCCCGAGGCCGACUCUCACGCCCAAGAAAUACAUCCCAAACGCCGCUCACCAACGUGGAACACAGACCUACCAACUGCCCCCCAGCCCGUUCCCAGCGACGACGACCACGUUUCUACACCGGAAGACGUGGAUGAGUUGGAGUCUCAACCAUCUUUACCAGAGCCAAAGAAGGCGACACUGGGUGCUGAGGAUGAAGAGGAUGGAGACCGCGUGGAGACUCCUCCCAGGUCACCCACCCCUCCGCCCCGCACUCGGACAAUCCCAGCUCGCGCGCCGCCCUCGACUCACACACCCAACGCGCACACCCCCGCCAAUGCCGAAGGCUCCCCGAUGCGCCCUUUAACAGACCACGCACCACCGGCCCCGCCAGGCCUACCAGGAUUGUCGCCCACCCGCUUGGCUUUCAUCUCGCCCACCAAGCACGCGGCCCACAUCACGCCCAAGAAGAAGUCUGCUCCAUUUGGUUACGGGCGUUCAGCGGUUCAGUCGCCAAGCAAGCACAUGGUCACCGCCGCGAUGACCCGCAACGAGUCCUCUUCCCUGUUUAGGCCCCGUCAUCCGUCCAGGACCAGGGUUGACAGUCGUCCAGACUCUGACUCUGACGACGAUUUUGCCAAGGGUAUGGACAAGCCGCCUCCCGCUCGUCCGUAUGACAGGCUGUCGUCGAUGCUCGCGACCAAGCGGCAGGUGGUGAACGAAGACACCCAGGACUCGGAGUCUCCCGCGACCGAGGCCUCGACGCGCUCCAGUCAGCUGAACCCCCCUCCUGCCGGCCCGACCCCCAGCGAUGACCAAGCUCCAUACCCUCCUAGCACUCCCCCCAUGCUCCCGUCCCAGUUGGAAAGGACUUAUGUGUCUCCACUGGGCAUGAAGACACCCGACAAGAGCUUCCAGCCGCCUAAUGACACGUACAUUUCUCCCGGCGCAGCUUCGGAGAGGACGGGACCCUUUACGCCGUUCCAACUGCCCAACGAUACCUACGUUUCUCCCAAGUCGCACCAGCAGCCAACACCCAACAAGACGUACCAGCCCCCCAAUGACACGUACAUUUCGCCCCGCACAGCCUCGAAUACGUCGGCACCUCUUAGGUCGUUCCGGCCCCCCAACGAUACCUACAUUUCUCCCCGUGCAGCUUCGGACACGACGGCGCCCCUUAGGUCAUAUCAACCCCCCAACGAUACCUACAUUUCGCCUAAGCAGGUCAACCAGCCCAGCGACACCUAUAUUUCUCCCCACGCAGCUUCGGACAAGGCUGUGCCCUUCAAGACGUUCCAACCUCCCGGCGACACGUAUGUUUCUCCCCGUGAGGCCUCGGACAAUGCGGUACCUUCCGACAUCGUGAUGCCAGACCCCCCCAGUUCUCCACUUGAAGGGCGUCAACGCAGGACACCGGUUGAUGCCGAACCCUCGGACACCCAACUGAACGGCCAUGGUUCUCAGGAAGACUCCUCCUCGCCCAUCAGGAAGGGCUUUGCAGAGUUGGCAAGCUCUCGAGAUGCAUCCGAAGAGCCUGGGAACCUCUUUAGCGAGAGCCUGAUGAGCAACCACGAUGGUGUGUCCCAGCGAACCGAAGAGUCUGCAACCCAGCUCGACUUUGCUGCUACUCAAGUUCAAGUCGCGACUCCUCCUGUUCCACCGCGCUCGACCGUGACAUCCCGUACCAACUCCACGAGGCUUGUCCCCGAGAGUCGUAUGCUCAGGCGUCGCCCUACCACCACUGUCUCCUCCAACGGCAGUGCCCAGGUUGUUUUUCCGAAGGCCGACUCACCGCCUCUCGGCGUAGAGACCUAUGUCGACCCUCCCAUCCACCCAAAGGCCUCCGACCUGGCUCCAAUCUUGUCUGGAAGUGUUGCCGAGGGUGAACCCCCUGGCAUGGGUUUCACGACUGUCUCGGUUGCCGUGGGCUCACGCCACGACUGGGGGUCUUCCCAGAACGAGCCGAACUCCGAGACAUCUGCGGCACCGGCGGUAUUACUCGACCCCAAGGAGGCUGGCAUGCACGAGAUUGAGGAAGAGACUCUCGAGCGUGCGGGUCCAUCUCGCCGAGUCACGAAGCAUGGUCUGAGCCCCAAGACAUCCGGCAAGAGUCCGGCCAAGCGGACCAAGAUCACCCGUCAGCCGUCCUCUUCGCCUCCGCCGUCGAGCAGCAGUAGCAGCUCGGACGCGGACGAUCCCGCGGACCACACGUUUGAGACGCCCGAGACUGUGCCCGAUGUCCCUUUCGGUGGUGUCGUUGAGGAAUCGUUUCUUGCUGUCGCUUCAAAGCCAGUUCCAACCAAGCCAACAAAGGUCACCAAGCUGGGCGCCAGCGCCCCCAAGCCAAAGAAGGUUGCCAAGCUGCGCACCACCGGAAAGGCUGCCCCUUCCAGCACGCCCACAACGCGCUCAACUCGCGCAGACCGGGGCAAACGCAAGGCCAUGUCGCCUUCCCCGGAGCUUUCGGGUCCCAGCAGCGGCUCGGCGCCGGAGGACAACGAGGACUUUUCCUACCACCCGUCCAAGAAGGUUGCCGUGAAGAAGCAGACCCCCGAGGCUCCUGCUCCUGCGGCCAAGAAGGCGAAGAAGAACCCAGCCCCACGUUCUGCAGCCAAGCGCGGCGUGUCGGCCGCCCGCGCCAAGUCGACGCCCAAGUCCCCGGCGCCGAGCAUCCGCCGCACGAGGUCCCAUUCACUGCAGAGUGUGGCAGAUGUGAGCGUCGCAUCUGAAGCCUCGUCCUCGAACACGGGUCCCCUUCGUGUGCUCGCUGUGUGGUCCAAGUUGGACGAGUGGUACGCCGGCACGGUCACAGACCGCACAGUCACUGGCUACCGCGUCAGGUUUGACGACGGGCACACUGCUGUGGUCCCAGCCGAUCAACUCCGCUACCUCCGUCUCAAGGUCGGCGAAGUGGUGGGUGACGUACCCCAGCCGCUCGAGUUCUUCACGGUGGCUGCCGACUGGGAUGGCGCGGGCGACAUUCAGGUACUGCGUUCGCGCAGCUCGGCGACCAAAGUGAUCCCCAGCAAGAAGGUCAUUGUUCUGCCUGCUGAGAUUACCUCUCACUUUGAGGACCGUGUCAUCCCUGUCCACCAAUUAGAGAUGCGCUUCCCGCUCCCUGUCCGUGCCCAGUCCAUGUCCCGCCCCGGCAAGGUGUUUGACAGCGUGAUUUUCUUCAUCACCACUUCGAGCAAGAACGACGGCCAGGCUUCAAAAGAUUUGCUCAAGAAACAAAUCGAGAAGAACGGUGGAACUUUUGAGGACACGUGGGAGGCCCUGUUCGACAUUCGCGACGACCGACCCCCUUUACUCACGGCGAGGUACCCACCCUUCUUGAUCUCUGGCGACCACCCCAUAGUCACGACGCCCAAGGUGCUCGCUGCGUUGUCGAACGAUAUCCCCAUCAUUUCCCCGUCCUAUAUCCAGGACGCCAUCGACGACCCAACCACCGACUGGCGCUCGUACCUCGUCUCGCCCGGAUUCUCCAAGUACCUUGGAGAGCACGCCAGCCAGCGCGUAGACCUCAACUGGGGCGAACCAUCCUGGCGUCCAGAGGCCGGGCGCGCCCGUCUGCCCCUCAAGGGAUACGAGGUGCUCUUUGUCGAGCCUCGUCCAAAGUACAAGGCGCGCGAGACUGUCAACGUCCUCGUCCCCUUCUGUCUCCUCUCCCUCGGCGCAACACUCCGCCGCUCCCCAAUCUUCCCCAAGGACACGAGCGCGUACGACAUUGUCGUGAUGGACGACCGCGACGUCAGCCCUCCCAAGGGCUGUGACAGGUCCAAACUCGGCAACGUGGCGUGGCUCAAGAGCUGCAUUAUCAUCGGCAAAGUCCUGCCUCCAAGGCUCGCGGCGGACGCGGGUACUUGA